AUGAGAGUAGAUAUAUCUUUAUAUGAUAUACCAGAGGCACUCAAACCAUUUUUUGUUUAUGUGGAAAAUGUUGGCAAAGGAGACAAAGUUAAAGAUCCAAAGGAUCAUACUUGUUCUAUUGACAAACAAAACCAAAGUGAUAUAGUCAUGUUUGUCCCAGCACCACACAAGCAAACCGCCAAGGAUUUGCUUACUCGACUCAUCCCAGAGGCUAGCGAUCCCGAGAAUGUCGAUAAAAUAUUGAGCGCAUCCGUCUCUAAUCAUGUGUCUGAAACAUCCCGUUUCAUAGUCGAUAGUUUUAUCAGCCAAGGUGCCACCUUUAAUAUCGCCGAUUUGGAUGAUGAUGGUAAACUGAUACCGGUAUAUACCAAUUUCCAAGUGACAGAGAUGAUAGUUCUUGCACAUGAACAACCUCACUUGGAAUCGUUCUACUACAGCAUCAAAGAAACUGAAAAGGAGUGUUUGGAGAUCCUAAAGUUGGUCGUCUUUGAACUCACACCACAUCAAAAAAAGAUACCUUUGGAUCUCGAGGCACCAUUCCACUACAUGGCCUUGCUCAAGAUCAACAACACCGAUCAUCAAGGUUGA